CCCACUUCAAAACCUCUCCUCCCCAUUACACCUCUUGACUUAUUAAUUAACACCUCAAAAAAAGAAGAUAUAUAUGACUUUAAUUGGUUUACUUUGUGCAUAAGAUAACAUGCUUUUUAGUAGUACAGGUACCAUGGCAUUUGCCGCACCAGAAACUAAUUCUGUUGAUUUUCGAAACCAUGAAGCAGCUAAUGAUGAUCUCCCUUCCUCCUUCCCUAGUCAUGUCUUUCCUUCUUCUUGUCCUCCUCAUCAAGAAUUUCAAGGAAUUUCACCGUUGUUAAUGAGGAGAGCCAUGUCAUUUGAUCAUAAUCAAGAAUCGAGAGUGGAGGACGACAUGUCUGAUGAUGAUGGCUCUUCACACUUACUUGGGGAGAAGAAGAGGAGGCUGAAUUUGGAGCAAGUGAAGGCACUUGAGAGAAGUUUUGAGAUGGGGAACAAACUUGAGCCUGAGAGGAAAAUGCAACUGGCUAGAGCUCUAGGGUUGAAACCAAGGCAGAUUGCAAUUUGGUUCCAGAACAGAAGAGCUAGGUGUAAAACUAAGCAAUUGGAGAAAGAUUACGAAAUCUUGAAGAGACAAUGUGAUAAACUUAAGGCUGAUAAUGAUGCACUCAAGACUCAAAACAAAAAACUUCACUCUGAGCUGCAGUUAUUGAGUCUGGGAAACCGAGAAUCAGCUGGAGGUACACCACCAAUGUUGUUUAACCUGAACAAGGAAAACGAAGGAUGUAAUUGGAACAACAAUGGAAGUGGCGAUGAGAACAACAGUACUAUAGACGUAAAUCUUGGAACCACAACAAGAACAUCAUCAACAAACAGUCCACUCAAUAACCAUGAUGUUUUUCCAACAGCUUAUAAAGUAGACCAAACUGUCAAUGAAGAAGGAUUUUGCAACAUGUUUACCAAUGUGGAAGAUCAGACCAAUUUUUGGCCAUUGCCAGUGCAGCAACACUUUUACUAAUUUUAAUUUCUUUCAAGUUAAACCAUUUUUUUGGGUCUUAUGCGGACAGUUAAAUUUACUGUGUGUAUAGUAAAAUGCACAUAUGUUAUUGUACCAGGAUUGUUAUUAAAGACUUGAAAGUGACCAUGUAAGAAAUUGGUAAUUGAUAUUACUAGUAUUUGAUUUUUUAUUCUUGUGAGAGACAGAUGUGCUGUUUUUGCAAGGUUGGACAACUUGGGAGGACAGAUUAAAAUAAUAAAAAAGAUUCGUGUUCUGAGCAAUAUCAGGAGAGACUGUGGAGUGUGGUGCAGGGUCACCUUUUCUGGCUAUGGGCCAUAACCUAUACAAUUCGAAAAGAGAAGGGCAAAAAAGGAAGAUUCUCUCCUUGCACUAGUGUUUGUUGUUGCUUCAGAUAUGUAGCCUUCUUGUUUCUUUUCUUUAAAUGUUUUGUUGGUUAAUACCUGAAUAUUAUUAUACUUCCUUAUUC